UGUAUCAUGGGGUCUGCGGCAUCUAGUCUAAAGAGAGAAGUUCAUGAAGAACUGUCCUGCAGCAUCUGCCUGGAGCUGUUCACCAGGCCCAAGGUGCUGCCCUGUCAGCACACCUUCUGUCAGGACUGUCUACGGGACCUUGCAGAGGUUCGAGUACCCCUACAAUGCCCAAAUUGUCGUCAGCAGGUCAGGCUGCCACCCCAGGGGGUCGCAGGUUUGCCGGACAACCGCAUAGUGGCCAACAUGAUUGAGAAACUCCAAAAACAGGAAAAUCACUUAGAAGAAACAAGGGAACAACCCCAGUCUGAUAACAGGUGCAGCUUUCACCCCACAGAGGAAGUCAAGCUCUACUGUAAACAGUGUAACGUGCCAGUUUGUAUUGAGUGUUGUGAAGAGGGCCAUGAUGGACAUCCUACUACAGGUCUCAAAAAAGCUGCACAGGAGAAGCGUUCUACGGUCCAGGCCUUGAUCAACGAGGGAAGGAACAUAAUGGAAAAUUACUUAACCUUCCUUAAAAGUCUAAGGCAAGAAGAGGAAGCCCUGGUUGAAAAGAAACAGCAGAGAGACAACAGCAUCAUUCAGGCCUACAACCAAAUGGUGCAAAAACUCACAGAGAGAAAAGACCUUCUCUUGUCUGAAUCACAGCGAAGUCACAGAGAGAACUUGGAGAAAAUACAGACAGAAAGUGACAGAGUGUUGGCAGAUGUUAAUGAACUGUCUGCUGCCUGUGAUCGAGCAGAACAAGAACUGCAGCAAGGAUGGGUUGAGAUUCUCAGUCAGCAAACAGCUUUGACAGAGAUGGUAGGAAAGUACAGAGGAAAAGCAGCACUAACUCUUAUACAAACCCAGCCUGCUAUCUUUCAGCCCACAGAUACCCCAGUGCCAGUAUUGGGAUGCAUGACGGUCCAGUCUCUCCCAUUUGCACAAAUCCCUGCAGCACCUGCACCAAUCCCAACAGCAUCUGCACCAAUCCCAGCAGCACCUGCAUCUAGUAAAGAUGCAGCAGGGGGCAGGGAUCAUCACUAUGGCAACCAAAGACAACAGGAGCAUCAGCCUCAGAAUGUGACAUUUGGUGGAAGGGGAUCAGGAGCAGGACAGUUCAAUGGUCCAUAUGGUGUUACAGUGUCAGAUGAAGGGGAGAUAUUUGUAGCUGACAAGGGGAACCAGAGAAUCCAAGUCUUCACCCUGCAGGGAACGUUUGUGAGACAGUUCCCAACAGUUGUAUCAGGUGAACAGAAGAUGGUCCCCCGUGAUGUGGCCAUGGACGGGGUGGGGAGCCUGUGGGUGGUAGGGAGGACAUAUCAGGAUGCUGAGCUUGCUGUGCAGUACAACAAACAUGGCAGGGUGCUGAGAGAGUUUGACCUACAGAAGACAGGGUGGAUGAGAGGAGUUGCCGUGGACGCCAGGAGGAACCACAUCCUCAUCACACAAACCACAGGAGAUGGGGACAACCCACAUGGUAAAGUUUUGGUGUUCAGGCGAGAUGGGACACUUGUGAGAACUGUGGGUCAGCAACAGGGGAUGAAGUACCCAUGGUACAUCACUGUGGAUGGGGAAGGGAACAUACUUGUGGCAGACUGGGACAAUCACUGUGUCUAUGUGUACAACGUGGAUGGACAGUUUCUGUUCCAGUUUGGAGGUGAGGGAAGUGGUGAAGGUCAGCUGAAGCAUCCCCUUGGCAUCUGUACUGAUAGGGCAGGAAACAUCAUUGUGGUAGACUAUGACUGGGGAAACAGCCGUGUGGAGAUGUUUGACAAGACAGGAAAAUUCCUCAAACACAUCGCUACAGACAUGGAGGGGCCAAGGGCUGUUGCCAUGGCACCACAGGGACAGCUGGUAGUAACUGAUGAUAAAGAGCUUCAAGUCAGCAUAUUCCAGAGCUUCUGAAUCUCAGUGAGGUGAUUAACAGCCUUAGUCAAUCUAUUAUAGACUAUCAUUAUCAACUUGAAAAACUGGAAUUAUUAUGGCCUCACUUGCUUUCAUUACACUUGUACAAGUCCCGUACAAGUCCUGCAAAAUGAGAUUUUGAAAAAGCCUUAUGGCUAUGCUACAGGAAAUAAGACAAUUGGA